CAGGUGCUGCUUGAUCCAUCGUUGCCGUUGCUUCAUUGUCGAAGUGCGCACACCAGAGCCAUCUUCUUUGCGACCUGAGCCGAUCGACGAUUGGAGAAGGUCCCUUGUCAUAAGCACAAAUCAGGACAAACUGGAGCUCCCUUGGAGGGUCUCUCUAGCAGCCAUGGCGAUCAAAUAUCAUCAGUAUUGAGCCCAGGUACUGCUGAUACAUCACAGUACACCUUCCUGCAACACCAGAGCGCGGCGCCGGGCUGUCAACAUGAGUGACAAGGGAGCCAUGACCCCCGACAAAGCACUUUUUGGCCAGGUGGUGCUCAACGCCUUGUACGUGUCCCUGUGGAUCACCCUCUCCGGCACAGUAAUCAUGUACAACAAGUGGAUCCUGGCCUACUAUGGCUUCCCCUACCCGAUAACGCUGACGAUGUGGCACAUGCUGUUCUCGUCUGCACUGGCGUUCCUCUGCGUUCGCACGGACUACGUUCCCUCCGUCAACAUGACCGCCGACACCUACUUCCGCGCCGUCAUCCCCAUCGGGGCCCUCUUCGCCGGCACGCUGUGGCUGGGCAACGCUGCGUACCUCUACCUGAGUGUAUCCUUCAUCCAGAUGCUCAAGGCGCUCAUGCCCGUGGCCGUCUUUGCGACCGGCUGCGCGUUUGGCAUCGAGUCGUUCUCAACAUCCACCCUUGCCAAUAUGAUUGUGGUGACGGCGGGGGUCGCUAUAGCGUCGUAUGGGGAGAUAAAUUUUGUGGUGAUCGGCGUCGUGCUGCAGCUCAUCAGCGUGCUGACAGAGUCCACGCGGCUCACCAUGGUCCAGAUCCUCCUGCAGAGGCGGGGUCUGAGCCUGAACCCGGUGACCACCAUGUACUACAUCGCGCCGGCUUCCUUCGCCUUCCUCUCCAUCCCCUGGUUCUUCAUCGAAUGCCGCCCCCUGCUCGCAGAUACUACAAUCCACUUUGACGCGCACAUCUUCGUGUCGAACGCGGCGGCGGCGUUCGGCCUGAACAUGGCGGUGUUUCUGCUGAUCGGCAAGACGAGUGCGCUCACCAUGAACAUCGCGGGAGUCAUCAAGGACUGGCUGCUCAUCGGCCUCUCAGUCCUCAUCUUCAAAGCCCAGGUGACGCGGAUCAACCUUGGCGGCUACAGCCUGGCAUUUGCAGGCGUGUGCUGGUACAACUACAAGAAGCUGCAGGGCAUGAAGGCGCGCACUGCGGCGGCCGCCGCGCAGCAGAAGGCGGAUUUGGAGCGCCACCCCGGGGAGAUGACAAACGGGGAAAAGGCCCCGCUCAUGGGCCGCAGCGCCUGAUCUCAAAUUUGAAAUUCAAAUUUGCAGCUGUCAGCAGGUACCUGGCGGCAUACGGGGCCAGGCUCUGCUCAUCAGCGGCAGCGCCUGAAUUCGAAUCCAAAUCGAACCUAGCAGCUGCGGGCUCUCGACGCACCCAGCAAGAUGGGUGCAAACUGCCCCAAGAAGAGAACAGACUGUGCUGUGGAAGGUGGAAUUCCACAAAGCCAGUAGAACAGCUCAUACUCAUGGAUGGAAGCCUGCACAAUUAGGUCAACCCGAUGUCCUCAGGAUUGUUCGUGUAUAAAUCAGCUGAUCAGAUCAUGCAUUGCUCCAUAUGGGCGCAGCAGAGAGAUAAUAUGUGUCCACUGGGAUCAAUAUAGCUGGGCACUUGAGGCUGGAACUAUCAAUCUGAAAUUCUUGUUGGAACCAAAGGGACAAACCCAAUCCUCAGAAUUGGAGUCAGCAUGCCUUGCUGCAGCAGGCUGUAGCUUUUCUUAUGGGAGAUGGUCAGAAGCUACACACUUUGGGCCACAUAUUGUGGCAGCACUUCAUGUAGAUACCAUUUGGUGGCGGCCUUAUGCAGUCAGCUGUGUCUGAGAGCACUCGAUGGUCUGCAGGGAAUUCACUGGCCAUCAUUAUCUUGGGUGACAGGUGGGGGAGCCACUGGAUUUGCUUGUGUGCAUGAUGGCUCUGUGGCCUCGUGUCAAAAUAUUUGGGUCCCCGGAUAUGAAAGCCACCAGAGCGCCUUGCCAGUAAAAGCUUUUCUCAUUGUGCUAUUCAAGCUUUUGCAACAAUUGACAAGUUGAAGAUCCAUUGGAUGCUUUGAUCACAUUGUUUUCGUGUUGGGAGUUUGUCAGACUUUUUGAUACACUUUGUUUUAGAUGACUGUCUCAAGACCGGAUCAUGUAAGAUAGUUUCUG